CUGCUCGCUGAGCAUGCUCAGGCGGUGGUUCUGCUUUGCAAGCUCCGUUGCUAGCAGAAGGAGGCAGGAACAGGUCUGUGUGUGUCGGUCCCGGAAUAAAUCCACAAAGCAACCCGGCUUGGACCCCAAGGGAGGUUAUAAGUUAUAAGUUUAUUCGGUCUUUGACCAGCAAAACCUACAGGGAGGAGAUCCAUAAGGUGGAAUCUGGGUGCCAAACAUCUCCAUCCCUCAACAUGGAGAUAUUUCUCAGAGCUGCCUUGGAGCAGGGAUUAAAGAUAGAAAAGGAAAAGUCGGCUGGACCGGAAGCAGGAAAGUGCCCUGGGGACAGCCAGGCUGGGAACAGCAGGGAAUUCUGGGAAAGGGCUGAGCAGAAGAUGCUGGGAAGGCACACCAAGAAGCAGAUCGUAGACCUGGUGGUGCUGGAGCAGUUCCUGACCAUCCUGCCGGCGGAGAUGGAGAGCUGGGUCAGGGGAUGCGGAGCGGAGACCACUUCCCAGGCGGUGGCUCUGGUAGAAGGUUUCCUCCUGAGCCGGGCAGAGGAGCAGAAGCCAAAAAAGCAGCAGAUGCAAGAUCUGCUGUCAGAAGCCGGCCCUGAUUUCCCUGAGGCAGAGGAGGCUCCAUCAGACACCAGGCAGAGGCUGCCAUCCAGCGGGAUCGAACAGGAGGGGGAUGGAGAUGCUGGAAUGAGACUGCCCAGGUGUCCUCAUCCAUCUCUUCUUUCCAGGGGAGCGGAAGAAGCUUCAGGAGGACGGAAUCAGGUGACCUUUGAGGAUGUGGCUGUGCAUUUCACAGAGGAAGAAUGGGCCCUGCUGGAUCCGGCCCAAAGAGCCCUGCACAGAGAAGUCAUGGAGGAGAACGCUGCGAAUCUGGCCUCUCUGGCUUCAGGACUCAGAUGGUUUAAAGCAAAGAGAUUCAGCAGGAGUGGAGAACUAAAUAAACACCACAAAACCCACACUGGGGAGAAACCGCAGGAGAGAAACCAUAGAACGCAUACUGUGGAUAAACCACAUAAAUGCUUGGAGUGCGGAAAGAGCUUCAGCCAGAGUGGACAGCUUAAUGCACACCAUAGAACUCACACUGGGGAGAAACCAUAUCAAUGCUCCGAGUGUGGAAAGAGCUUCAGCACAAGUGGAAAUCUGAAUAAACAUCAUAGAACCCACACUGGGGAGAAACCAUAUGAAUGCUUGGAGUGUGGAAGGAGCUUCAGCCAGAGGGGAGAUCUUACUAUACACCAUAGAACCCACACAGGGGAGAAACCACAUAAAUGCUUGGAGUGUGGGAAGAGCUUCAGCCAGAGUGGAUAUCUUACUAUACACUAUAGAACCCACACUGGGGAGAAACCACAUACAUGCUUGGUGUGCGGAAAGAGCUUCAGCACACGGGGCAAUCUCACAUUACACCUCAGGACCCACACUGGGGAGAAACCCCAUAAAUGCUUGGAGUGUGGAAAGAGCUUCAGCACAAGUGGACAGCUUACUUUACACCGUAGGACACACUCUGGGGAAAAACUACAUAAAUGCUUGGAGUGCGGAAAGAGCUUUUGCACGAGUGGACAGCUUAAUGAACACCAUCAAACUCACACUGUUGAGAAACCACAUAAAUGGUUGGAGAGUGGAAAGAGCUUCAGCAGGAGUGGACAACUUGCUAGACAUCAGAGAAUCCACACUGGGGAGAAACCAUAUAAAUGCUUGGAGUGUGGAAAAAGCUUCAGUCAGAGUGGACAGCUUAAUGAACACCAUAGAACUCACACUGGGGAGAAACCAUAUCAGUGCUUCGAGUGUGGAAAGAGCUUCAGCACAAGUGGGCAUCUUAUUACACACCAUAGAACCCACACUGGGGAGAAGCCAUAUCAAUGCUUGGAGUGUGGAAAGAGCUUCAGCCAGAGUGGAGAUCUUACUACACACCAUAGAACCCACACUGGGGAGAAACCACAUAAAUGCUUGGAGUGUGGAAAGAGCUUCAGCCAGAGUGGAGAUCUUACGAGACACCAUAGAACCCACACCGGAGAGAAACCAUACAAGUGCUUAGAGUGUGGAAAGAGCUUCAGCCGGAAUGGACACCUUACUAUACACCAUAGAAAACACACUGGGGAGAAACCAUAUCAAUGCUUAGAGUGUGGAAAGAGCUUCAGCCAGAGUAGACAGCUUAAUGAACACCAUAGAACUCACACUGGGGAGCCACCACAUGAAACUUGGAGUGUGAAAAGAGUUUCAGGAGCAAAUCAAACAGAAGAGAUCCAUGAGGUGGAAUUUAGGUGCCAAAAAUCUCCAUCCCUCAACAUGGAGAUAUUUAUCAGAAGUCCCUUGGAGAAGGGAUUAAAGAUAGAAAAGGGAAACCCGGCUGGUCAAAUAGCAGGAAACAUUCCCGAGGCCUGCCAGACUGAGAGCAGCAAGGAAUUCUGGGAAAGUCCUGAGCAGAAGAUGCUAGGAGGAGUUGUAGAGGACGCCACCAGCCCAGAUGUGCAGCAUCAAAGGUUCAGGCAGCUUUGUAACCAGGAGGCUGAGAGACCCCGAGAGGUUUGCAGCCAACUCCACAGGUUUUGCUGCCGGUGGCUGAAGCCAGAAAGGCACACCAAGAAGCAGAUCGUAGACCUGGUGGUGCUGGAGCAGUUCCUGACCAUCCUGCCCGCAGAGAUGGAGAGCUGGGUCAGAGAAUGCGGAGCGGAGACCACUUCCCAGGCGGUGGCUCUGGCCGAAGGUUUCCUCCUGAGCCGGGCAGAGGAGCAGAAGCCGGAAGAGCAGCAGAUGCAAGACCUGCUGUCAGAAGCCGGCCCUGAUUUCCCUGAGGCUGAGGAGCCUCCAUCGGACCACAGGCUGUCCGGAGGGAUCAAACCGGAGGGUGAUGGAGAUGAUGGAAUGAAACUGCCUGGGCGUCCUCAUACGUCUCUUCUUUCUGGGGGAGCAGAAGAAGCUUCACGAAGACGGGAUCAGGUGACCUUUGAGGAAGUGGCUGUGCGUUUCACGGAGGAGGAGUGGGCGCUGCUGGAUCCGGCCCAAAGAGCCCUGCACAGAGAAGUCAUGGAGGAGAACGCUGCAAAUCUGGCCUCUCUGGCUUCAGGUCUAAGAGGGUUUACAGCAAAGAGCUUCAGCAGGAGUGGAGAACUUAAUAAACACAACAGAGCCCACACUGGGGAGAAACCAGAUAAAUGCUUGGACUGUGGAAAGAGCUUCAGCCAGAGUGAAACACUUCCUAUAAAUCAUAAAACCCACACUGGGGAGAAACCAUAUGAAUGCUUGGAGUGUGGAAACAGCUUCAGCACAAGCGGAGCUCUUACUAGACACCACAGAAUCCACACUGGGGAGAAACCUUAUAAAUGCUUGGCGUGUGGGAAAAGCUUCAGCCAGAGUGGACAGCUUAAUGAACACCUUAGAACCCACACUGGGGAGAAACCACAUAAAUGCUUGGAAUGUGGAAAGAGCUUUACCACGAGGGGAGAACUUACGAGACACCAUAGAAUCCACACUGGGGAGAAACCAUAUACAUGCUUGGACUGUGGAAAGAGCUUCAGCCGGAAUGGACAUCUUACUAUACAUCAGAGAACCCACACUGGGGAGAAACCAUAUACAUGUUUGGAGUGUGGAAAGAGCUUCAGCCGGAGAGGACAUCUUACUAUACAUCAUAGAAUUCACACUGGGGAGAAACCUUAUAAAUGCUUAGAGUGUGGAAGAAGCUUCAGCCAGAGUGGACAGCUUAAUGAACACCAUAGAACCCACACUGGGGAGAAACCAUAUAAAUGCUUGGAAUGUGGAAAGAGCUUUAGCCAGAGUGGAGAACUUACUAGGCACCACAGAACACACACUGGGGAGAAACCACAUAAAUGCUUGGAAUGUGGAAAGAGCUUUAUCCAGAGUGGAGAACUUACUAGACACCAUAGAACGCACACUGGGGAGAAACCAUAUAUAGUUGUUACCUGUCCCCCACCCUCUAAAGAGUUAACAAGAAGUGAACCCUUGUCUUGUCUGACAGCCUGGUGAACUCCAGGGCUCAACCAAUCAGCACACCAGGUGGGUGUGACCUAGAAAUCUGUUGCCUGGAUUUCUUAGAAGAAGAAAGGAGCUAGUGCUGAAGAAGCAAGGAGGACAUGGGGCAAUGGAGUUUUGCUGUAGCUGGAGGUUGACUGUAGAUUCUUGAGAGACAGAAUUACAGGGGCUUGGUUCUCAUCAGGAGUUUGGUGAAGCAAGGAACAGAAGCCAGGACAUUUGGCUUUGGGAAUUUAAACUAGGGAACAGUUUGCUUAGUCAGACUGUACAUCAGGAAUUAUUUUGCUUUUGUGUGUAUGCUUUUCAUUUUCCUAAAUAUCUGUUAUUUGUAACUAAGAUUUUAUUGUAUGCCACCCCAGCAUCAUUCGGGGUGCUUUUGAAGUAUUCUUGUAACCAAUGAAGUAUUCUUAAGUGUAUCUAAAAAGCCAAAAGCCUCAGAUGGAACCAGUCUGUAGUAACUGAAUAAAAGCCCC